GAUAUAUAUGCUUGAUGGGAAACUUGAAUAUUAUGUUUUAAGUAUGCAUUUUUACCGAAAAAGGAAAAAAAAGGUUUUAUGUAUACUAUAUUUCUAGGAUACAAAUUCUUUACAGGUUAAUUCUUCAAGUCUUGUACAGGAUGCUUCUAUUUUUAAGCUAACCAAUAUGUAUGAUCUUCUGUUUUAGAAAUAUAAAUGGCGACAUCUUUGUUGGACAUGGUAUUAUUUACAUGCACCCAAACUUAUAAAUUUGUGUUUAUAUUAUGCUGUAAUAUUUGACUUGUAACAUCAGGAAAAUUGGAUUUAGUUAUUUAUCAAAAUGAAAAUUUAGAUUUAAUUGGGAUUAAGUCUUUGUUUGACUGAGAUCAGUAAAUGUAACAGUUUUUUUGCUCCAUUUUUCUUUUUCUACCACGUUUUAUUUGUUCCCUGGUUUAUUGGCUUUGCGUUGAUUAUCUUCUUGUAACUAAAUCAGCUGUUGUGAGUGUUGAAGUUUCCUUCUUAUUUUUGUGUUUUUAAUUUUGCUGCCCCAAUCCAUUUUCUUCUUUAUCAUUUAUUUUUGACAGUUUAUGUGACAUGGAUUGUUUACUUUCUAGAUCUGUGGUUCUUAUUUUACUUCUAUGAUGUAUGUUGUGUAAUGGUGUGGAGCAUUUCGACAGCCCCAUAAUGGAGAGUCCAGAUUUCUCCCAUAAUGAAAUGUUACCGCUUCAUAUUGAAAUAGUAGUCUCUGCAGUCACUCAAAUUGAUGAACCUGACAGCUUGUAUGGGAUCAUCCAGUCACACAAGGAGCUUGUGUUGUCUGUUUUCCGUGCAAGUGAAGAGAGCACUGAAUACAUCUACUCAAAAAUAAUCAAACUCCAGGUACUUGUUACACUUGUCAUACAAUGUUCCUAACAUAGAGGGCAAUAGCCAA